AUGGCGGCCAAGACUUGUGAUGGCGCUUUCGAGCAAUUUGGCGACCCCUCUGUUUUGUUCGGAAGACAGGAUCUCCACUUCAAGAGCGAACACCUCAACGAGGCUGAAGCUCAGGAUGAGAAGAUCGCCAACGAGCGAAAGGGGGUCGUAGAUGACAUGGACGAUACCGAAAGAGAGAGCAUUCUCGAAGUGAAGAUGACGCAGCUUGCACUUGUCGAGCUAUUGGAAGGGCCAGAUGUCGCUGUCAAUGCAAGCUCUGAGUUGAUGUCGCUCUUUAUGCGGCUGUUCGGCAACCUUGAAACUAAACCAACCAUGCAACCGCCCAAGACGGCCGACACAAUGGUGCCAAAGAGCUCAGCUGGCACACUGAGAAGCAUAAAGGGAAGCUUCUUCGGAUCUACGCGAACGCGGCAAACCAGCAUCGCCGACAGUGAGAAAACGACAACCCCUUCCCGCCCGCAAACCAGUGCAACGAGCACCGCGCCAACAAUACAGGUUACACAAGAGAAUGGGUCGCCCACAGAGAAGAAGUCACGCCGACUUUCCAGCGUGACACGCCGGGCCAGGAGCGAGUCGGGCAAGAGGCACAGCCUUCGCAAGCGAGACAGCAGCGGCGGUCGCAAGAGGACGGCCAGUGUGAGCAGCGUUGGCACCAACCCCCAUGCGCCGACCGUCGUCGAUGGCGAAGUCUUCUUCACUCCUGGGGACGAAUUGCAGCAGUCCGAUUUCUUCCCUCUUUCAGGCAACCGGCAAGCGUCAGCAGCAUCUUCUGUUUCCCGAGGUCGUUCCCUCCACCACCUAGAGUCAUACGCGUCCCAGAAGUCGAGAUCAACGAAUUUCUCAGAAAUCUCUGCCAGUGGCACUUACACCAUUUCUAACCCGUUGCCCCUGAUUCAUUUCCCCUUGGAUACAGUGCGGAGACAGAGGGCAGUUCUUCUCACCAAAGUGUGGCUGAUGAUUGCGGGAUUCUACCGACGUGCCAACAUGUUUGAGGAUGCCAAAGGCGCGAUUUCGGAGGCUCAGAAGCUCGUGGGUCUACUCGAGGCCGAGGUCGCAAAGGACGCGACGGGCUCCUUGUCCAUGAGAGGCAAUAACUGGGCGGAAAAAAAGGGUGUCGACGAACUAUUGGGAGAUGUGUGGGCGGAGCUUGGUAAUCUCUCUCUGGCCAAGGGGUCACCGUAUUUGGCCCGGUCAGACUUUGAGAUGGCUCUAACUCAUUACCCCGACCACCCGGCAGCUAUCGUCGGGUUAUCCGAUAUUCUGCUCGACAUCUACAGCGAGAAGAUCCUCCCACCUCCGGCGAUCCCCACCCUCAGCGUGCCGGAGAACGUCUCCAGCCUUUCUCUUCCGCCCCCAGAACUGCCCAAGUUGGCGGUUCCUCAAAACGGCCUCCCGUCGGAGCCCCUCGGCCUAGGCUCCAGUGCAUCAGGCUCCGGAUUCAGCAAAGCCAACGCCCAGCAAUCCGCCACAUCCGCCACAACCGCAUCGUCGGUCAAAUCGUUCGAAAGGUCGGAAUCGGAAGAGAAGCUGCCGGCCCCGUACAAGGCGACCUCGGUCCCCAAGAUCGACCGCCUCGCCGCGCGUGACCGUGCCUACGGGCUGCUGUCUUCGCUGACGAAGCUCGGCAGCGCGUGGAACAGCGCAGAGGCGUGGUUCGCGCUGGCCCGGGCCCACGAGGAGAGCGGCCAGAUCGACAAGGCCAAGGAGGUGCUCUGGUGGUGCGUCGAGCUGGAGGAGGGCACCGGUGUGAGGGAGUGGCAGUGUCUUGGAAGCGGCGGCUACGUGCUUUGA